AUGGGUACUGAGGGGGAGAGAAUCAAUAUGGAGGUGAACAAUCGCAGACAAGAGAAGGGAUCUGCAAUCAACAUUAAUCAAUAUGCCACCAAAAAGACCCUUGCAGAGAGCAUGCUAGAUGUGGCACUGUUCAUGGCCAAUGCUACACAGUUAAAGGCAGUUCUGGAGCAAGGGCCGAGCUUCACCUAUUACGUCACGCUGAUCACUCUCAUCAGCCUGUCUCUGGCUCUUCAGGUCGUUAUUGGGAUCCUGCUGAUUAUCAUUGCUCGCAGGAACUUGAAUGAUGUCUCCAAGCAGCCAGGUCUGGAUGUGAUGAACAAUGUGGCCACAGCUCUUGUGUUUGUCACCGUCCUCAUCAAUAUCUUCAUUACAGCAUUUGGGGUGCAAAAAACUGGUCUCUACCCAUCACGGGGGCCUCGAGAGGUGCACUAAGUGGGCAAGACCUACAGACUUGCCAACGGUGAAGACUUUUGCACCUUCCUCAGCUGUGCUCUUCUUACAUCCUUGGACUAAACGUUAUGUGUUUCUGAAUAUUAAUUAUUAUUAGUAACAGUUGUUAGGUUUCAUGAUCUUGCUUCUCAUUCUUUGGUCAUUUAUUAAAAUCUACCUGUAAUUUUAAUAAACUUCCCACAAGUCAUAGUGAUAGUGAAGUUUUAAUCAGUGGGGGCCAGGGUGCUGAGACUCCCUCUGGUCGCUAAAAUGAGGGUCAGAAGCGCUCAGUUGAGUUCCUAUUCGGUUCUGCGGCCUUUUCUUUGAGAGCGGAAUGUGCAGUGUAGGAAUCCACAGAAAGUUCAUGGAUUUUCUGAUAAUCCACAUACUGCUUGUUCAGAGAACAGAAACACAGAAGCAGAGCGCUAAACUGAGCACUUCUUUC